CUUUUGGAGGGUUGGUGUGAACUAUGGUCAGCUGCCACACUGUAAGGAUUCUGUGAGAAGUAGAGAGAGCAAAGAGCGAGAAGAAUGGUUGGACAAUCAAAGGAGUGGAUACUGUUCAGUGCAGGAGAAUGAAUAACUGCUAAUAGGAACUAUUAGUGGCUAACAGUGGGUUGUGUAAUCGCAGACAUGUGAUAACAAAGACUGGUGUAUGGGGUUAGGAUAAGGACGUGGGAGAAGGUGCCUCAAGCCCUAAAAUUGAACUCUAUAUUGAUUUGAGAGGCUGGACGAGUUGCCAAGUGGAAAAUAAAAUGCUGUUCUUCUAGCUUGCACUGAGCUCCGCAAGCCUGAGACAGAUGUUGGCCAGAGAACAAGGUGGUGUGUUGAAGUGGUAGGCAACUGGAAUCUGAGUUUUUUUUGCAAACAGAAUGUAAGUGUUCUGCAAACCAGUCACCCAGACUACACUUCAUUUCCCCAAUGUAGAGGAGACCACAUUGUGAGCAGUGAAUACAGUGGACUAGAUUGAGUGAAAUGCAGCUAAACGCUGCUUCCCCUGGAAGGUGUCUAGAACCUUGGAUACUGAAGAGGAAGGAAUUAAAUGAACCGUGUAGAGAAAAGCGUGACAGCAAUGAAUUUUGAAGAAGAUUUGAUGCCCAGGCAAUUGCCUGUGGAUGACUGGGAUACUAUUGAAGACUUUGAUCCUAGCGUGCCACCCAGAACACCCCAAGAGUACUUGAAAAGAGUUCAGAUUGAAGCAUCAAGAUGUCCUGAAGUAGUAGUGGCAAAAAUUGACCCAAGAAAGUUGAAACGGAAUCCAACAGUGAAUGUCUCCUUAUCAGGAUGUCAACCUGCCCCUGCAGGAUUUUCUCCCAGUCUCCGUUGGCAGCAGCAACAAGUAGCUAAUUUUUCAAUCCUCCGACAGAGUAUAGCCAAACACCGGGAUCAUUGGAAGUCACAGCCUUUGGACAGUAAUGUAAUGCUGCCAGCACCUGACGAUGAAGAAGGAUGGAAGAAGUUCUGUCUUGGAGAAAAAUUAUACUGUGAUUCAUCUGUAUCACCAAACACUAAUGAGAUUGAUAGCCCAGGCAUUGACUAUGUGCAGGUGGGAUUUCCUCCCUUGUUGAGCAUUGUCAGCAGAAUGAGUCAGCCUACUGUAUUUAACACACUGGAGUAUCUAAUUAACUGGUUUGGAGAUAAAAAAUUAUAUCCAGAACUAGGCAGAUGGUUGUAUGCACUGUUAGCCUGUAUAGAAAAACCACUAUUACCUGAGGCCCAUUCACUUAUUCGACAGCUGGCUAGAAGAUGCUCUGCAGUUCGUGCUAAACUAGAAAAUCCAGAAGAUGCAGAAUUGUCAGCAGUGAAUUUACUUAUUUGUUUAGUUGCCAGGUAUUUUGAACAGAGUGAUCUUGCAGAUAAUGAUUAACAUGAUUGCAGUCUGGAAUAAGAAUUCUAUAAUUUUCAACUUUACAUUUUUUUAAUGUGGAUUCUAUUUUGAUGGACAAACAAUGUCUGAAAUUUGAGGAUAUUAAACAUUGUUUUUAAAACUGAAGAUAAAAUGCAAAGAUAAAAAAACAU